UCUAAGUCGACAUAUUCAUUUUCUACAACAUACGAAUAAACUUUUAAAAUGUGAUUUUAUUGAGGGUGUAUUUUAUUCAGAUUGUUUCAAUCGUUGACCCUUAAUGCGAAACUUUCAACAUGCAUCCCUACGAAAAUGGCGACAAACGAUGAAAACAAGUGUGAUCCCGGAAACAGCAUCGAAAUGCAGGUCGAUAUGGACACAGAAAUAGACACAAAGGCAACUCCUUCUAAUACAUCAGAAGUUUCUGCCUAUCCUAGAACAGUCACAUCCAGACCUUUAGCUUCAAGUGUACCUGUAACAUCCAUCCCAUUGGCUGGCACAGAUUCCUGUGUAUCCACUUCAUUUCCUUCAUCAGCAUCUGAUUCUAUUUUUUGUGCUGUACGCAACUGUUCAACAACAGCCACAAAAUCACCAUUCGUUAAAUCACUAGUUUCUUCAUCGGCAUUAUCUUGCUCCUCUGCAUCAGAGAGAAGUUCUACCUCCAUGUUGAUGUCUUCAGCUGUGUGCUCAACAUCAACAACAUUAUCAUCAUCAAUCUUAUUGUCAUCUGUGUCUACAACUUCCAGUUCAACGACAGUAUGUUUGACUUUGUCUAAAUCUUCAGACCCAUUGGCCUUGUGUUCUUCAAAACCAAUCAGUUCAUAUAAACUGUAUGAUAAUGAAAAAUCUUGUUUCUCAAACAAACAAGAAAAUAAACUAGACAUCACCCCAUUACAAUCAGAGAGUGACAUUGAUAGGGAUAUCAAAGAAGUUACCAAAAGUGAUAAUACUGACUGUUUUGGAUUUGCUACUUUGACCAAAGAACGCAGUGUAAUAAAGGACAGCCAUGGUAAUUUAAAACCAAAUGACAGCACUGAAUCUCAAGUUGUCCAACUAACAUCUAGCCAAUGUUACAAAGCAAGUCAUCCUAUUGGGUCCAGAAAAGUGACAGAGAAUGUGAUAACCUACCAUGAAUCUAUGUUUCAAUCAGUAGCUAACAGGCUGUUUGAAAAUCAGAAAAAUUUGAUGAUGGGAAAGAGAAAGGCAGAUGACUUAAGUAUGUCAGCUUUUUCCGAGACCAAGAAGGUGAAGACCAGCCCUGGUUCUUCUCCAGCUGCCACACCACCCUCCAUGAAGUCCACAAGCAAGAAGAAGAGUUCAAUAGAAAAUAUCAUAGAGAGAAUACGAACAGAGAAAACCAUGUCCAGGGGUGGUCAUUCUGGGGCGGCCAGAAGUCUUGUGUUGGACACAGCUGGUCCGGACCUUCCUCAAUUUAGUGAAACUGACACUUCUUCUCUAGUCAAAAAGGAGAACAAAGGAAAUGAAUUUCCAUCAAGCGCAAUUCAAUCAGAUUCUGAACCAAUUGAUUUGUCAGUUAAGUGCCCUAAAGAAAACAAAUGCCCACAAACUGAAAGUAAAGACUUUAAUGCUCAAUCAGAGAAUGCUAGUGAAGAUACAAGUAUCAUUUGUUUAAAAGAUGAAAAACAGGAUUUGGAAAUAACUGCUGGCUGUGCUCCAGCCGUGCCAAAGGUAAAAGAUACUGACAUUUUAAUGGUAAAUUUAGGUAGUAAAAAGAUGAAAAAGAGUAAUGAUGCUCCAGCCGUGCCAAAGGUAAAAGAUACUGACAUUUUAAUGGUAAAUUUAGGUAGUAAAAAGAUGAAAAAGAGUAAUGAUGAAACUGAAACUAAACCUAAGUCACCUAGUAAAACAGAUGAUAGUCAUAAAGGAGUUAGUACAGUGAGAAUUCAGAAGAUACCAAAACAAUGUUUAAAUAAAUCAGAAACUGACAAAACUAAUAAAGAGAAAAAGAAGCCUAUAUAUAUGAAACAAGCAGAUGACACAGAGAAAAAGGAGCCUAGUAUAAAACAAUUAGAUGAUACUGAGAAAAAGAAAUCUAGUAUGAAACAGGUAGAUGAAAAAGAGAAAAAGAUUUCUGGGAUGAAACAAGCAGAUGAUAAAGAGAAAGGGAAAACAAGUGUUAAACAAGAAGAUGAUAAGGAGAAAAAGAGAUAUGGUAUUAAACAAGUAGAAGAUAAAGAGAAGAAGAAAUCUAGUAUUAAACAAGAAGAUAAUCAAAAGAAUGAGCAAGAACAAAUUGGUGGAGGUGCAAAAAUGGAAAAGCAACAAUCAAAAUCGGCGAUGAAAAAGGAGGAACAACAAUGUAUAAAGAGGAUUAAAUCUACAGUAAAGAAAUACAAAAAAAACCAGUCACCAGAAGAAAAGAAAGCUGCAAAAAUCAUGAGACAAAGAAAGAACAAACUUCCUAUUGCUUGUAGAAGAACUAAGAGAGAGGCAAGUUUAAAUGCAGCAACUCUGGUAAAUAUAUUGUGUGAAAAAGCUCCAAGAACACCUAAAUUAGAAAAACGCUCAAAGUCAGAUUCUGAUAUCAAAAUGUCACCAGCUGAAAAAAGGUUAUUUCCAAGUGUAAGUAUUAGCGACAUAGGGUUUACAGAGAAUGUGCAGGGGAAAUCUUCAGAUGCCGUUUUUACUGACACAAAAAAAGAUGGAUUGAAUUCUAGUAAGUUCUACAGCAAACCCAAAAGUGGUUCUACUGGGUCAGUUGAAAGUUUCAAAGUCCCUGUCAGUCCAACAAAAAAAGAAAUAUCUCCUAAAAAGAAAAGAAGUGCAAGUGCUGAUGAUUUUGAAUCUGUUUUUCAAUCUGUUAUACGUAGAAGCAUUAGAGAAACUGAGGGAAAUGUAUCAUCGAGGGGCAGGAAGCCCAAAUCUUUCAAUGAAAAGAAAAGUGUUAAAAAUAGUAUGGUUAAAAAUAAAAGAGAGCUUUCAAUUGAGUCAAAAUCUAGUAAAGCUAAACUUAUGUCAUUUACGGAAGUGAAGAAAAAAAGCAUCAAUAAGAUAAAGAAAGCAAUAAAAGUAACUGUAGCUAAAUCUGUAGAAGAAAAGGCAGAGAAAAAGAGAAAGGCAGCACUUGCUAGACUAGCCAGAGCAAAGGAACUUGUUAAAACUAAAAAGAAACUGUCGGGGGAAUUUGUAAGUGAUCAGAGUUCGGGCGGAAGUGAUUCAGAGUCUUUAGCAAGUGAAAAUGUAGAUGUUGAAGCAGAAACAAGUACUGACACUGAUGGUAACUGUGAAAACAAUCAGUCCAAGGCGAAAAAAGGGGCUUUGUUCAGAGCUGCCAGGACUCAUGUGGCAGUUGAAUCAAAGACUGUAGUUGAGAACACGAUGCCGUCUCCACGCUGGUGUGAGUGCUGCCAGUCGACUUACUACCCAAGCCAGCCGUCCCAGAACACCCAGGUGUGGAGGAUCAAGCAGCUUGUAGACAAAGACACCUCUAACGCACCUGCCCAGAUCCAAUCCUCUAGUAACCACUUCAUAGCCGCUCAUGCCAGCUGUGAGGUCCGCCCGUACUCCUCACCAUCCCAUGUGUCGGUGCUGGACUCAAACCCAUAUGUUGGCCAGUUAGUUCCCCAUGGGCGCAUUCAGUGUUCAGCUUGCAGCUGUGGGCACAGCGGAAUGUUUCAUACAUCAUGCCAGAACUGCAGCCUAGGUGGGGUGUUGCCUUGCCAGAGAUAUGGAAACACAUACUCUGUCACCUACCCCCAUAGUCAUGGCUCUUACAUCCACUGUGGGUGUGGGAGCUGCUACAGUAGUGGGACAUACCACCAUACAGUUGGGCAGACAACUCUGAUCCACCAGCCCCAGAUGCCGCUGUCCACUGAGAGCCCUAUCCUCCUGCAUCAUCCAGUCCCAAUUCAGGUCACGCAUGACUCUCCCCUCAACUCUCACCCUGUCUCACUCACAACCCUGGCCCCACAUGACCCACCCUCUCUCACCCACCAGCUUUCCAAGCCUGCAAGCCAUCCCGGGGAACCUAGUAAAGGGGUAGGUGGUCUCCCCCAAAGCCAGGCAUCAAGCCCAGGGGCUCUAUCUAGGAUGUGUCAGUUGUCACAAGGGGAGGUAACUAAUGUGUCAAUAUUGGCAUCUAGUUCCCCCACACACUCUGACCAUGAAAUUGUGGAUGUUGGAAGUAGAGAGGACAUUGUAAAAUCUGCUCCUUGUCUUCACUUAGAACAGGCUGGUAUCUCUGUUGUAAAAUCUACAUUCAUCAAAAAGACAAACUCAAACAAUCAGCCUGUGAAAAGGGAAAAAGACAAGUCUAUUGAUCAGGCUAAAAAGAAAAAAGUUAAAUUUUCCACUCAAAAUGACAAGCCUGUUAGUAUAGAAAAGAAGAAAAAGAACAUUGAAAUUCUGAAAGAGAAAGCUAAAAAACUUUCCUUGUUAAAUACAAAAAAGGACAAAAAGUCAGAAAACGUAAAAUUUAGCAGUCAUUCACAUAAAACUAAUGAGAACAAAGUCAAAAAAGACAAACAACAACAAAUCAAAGUUCCAAUAGUGCCAAAGGAUGGUUCUAAGAAAUCUAAACGAACAGUCAGUGGACCUAAGGAACCAAAAAGUCAGACGGGGUUCUUGGAGAUUGGGAUAGGGGAUAAGGAGAGGGCAGAGGUGAAGGUGUGGCACCAUGGGUGGAUCUGGGAUGGGGAGGCUGUAUCCAAGAAAGUCAUAAACAUUUUUGAUGGUCAGCCAGUGCAGCGGAAGUGUUACCAGGGCAUUGUCCACGAGGACGGGGACUCCGUACAGGUGAAGGAUUGCGUGCUCGUGUGUGCAGGCAGAAAGGAUCGAGACCUGCCGUACGUUGCUAAGGUGACCAACCUCUGGGAGGAACCAACCACAGGUGAGAUGAUGAUGUCCGUCCUGUGGUUCUACCGGCCGGAGCAUGCUGAGGGUGGGCGUCGCCCUGAGCAUCUGCUAAACGAGGUGUUUGCUGCCAAACAUCGGGAUGAGACUGGUGUUGCAUGUAUCGAGGAUAAGGGAUAUGUCCUCACAUAUAAUGAAUACUGCAGGUACAUGGCAGAAGUUGAGAGAGUACGGUCCAGCCAGCCUCCUCGUGUCAGCGUUGUACCCACACACGAGGAUCCCUACCCCCACCACCGCAUCCCGCCGGUUGACGCUGACCCCGAGACCAUCUUCCUCUGUAGACAGGUGUAUGAUAUUAAACUAAAACGUGUACUCAAAAACCCAUCGUGAGAGUUGGCUUGUGCAUAUCCUACCAUGUGUGGCACUGGCACUUUUUUGCAUCUGUGUAUUUUUAUCUAAUUGAGGGAUUCAAAUCUAAGAUUAAAUUAAAAAUAAAAUUAAUUUGUUAUGACUCAUAAAUUAAUAGAGGAUAGAUAAUUAUUCUUACACAAUCAUGUAAAAUCACUAAUGUUUAAUCAUUCGACAUAAAUAUUGUAUCUUUUCUUGUUUCAAUAUCAUCAUUUUUGUCACAAUGUAUCAAGUAAAUUUAAUUCAGAUUUGAGUAUUUUUAUAUCAUUAUGUGAAAUAAAUUAGUGUUUUAAUGUGAUGAAUGUGGCUUAUUGUAAAUCUCAUAUUGAGUUUGCACAAUGGUCUGAUGUAAAUGAACCACAUGAUGCAAUGGUACAAUUGUUAGUCUUUAUUUAUAUAUCUUAUUUUAGUUAUGGUAAACUAUCAAAUUUUGCCCAUGCUUACAAAGUUUGAAGGUCCCCAUAUGGCUGUUGCACAGUUUUGGGCGGAUUCCUUUCAAACUUGGUGCACCUGAUCAUCAUUACAGGAUCUUGCGGUCUGACUUUUUUUUAUCUUGAAACAUGGCCAAUUUGCUCAAGAGUAACGCACCCUUUCAUUUAAUUAUUAUACCCCCCAAAACAAAGUUUGGGGGGGGGGUAUACUGGAAUCGGGUUGUCCGUCUGUCUGUCUGUCCGUCUGUCCGUCCGGUUUUUUUUUGUCCGGGAUUCAUCUUUGUCGUUAUUGAACAAAUCUUUUUCAAACUUUCAGAUAUUAAUGGCCAUGAUGUAAACUUGCGCCUCUGUGAAAUUGGUACGGGUCACAUGACCCUGACCAGAGUUAUCUCCCCUUGAUGUGUUAAAGUAGGCAAAAUAAGCCCUGUCCGGGAUUCAUCUUUGUUAUUAUUCAACAAAUCUUUAUCAAACUUUCAGAAAUUAAUGGCCAUGUUGUAAACUUUCGCCUCUGUGAAUUUGGUACAGGUCACAUGACCCUGACUGGAGUUAUCUCCCCUUGAUGUGUUAAAGUAGGCAAAAUAAGCCCUGUCCGGGAUUCAUCUUUGUUAUUAUUCAACAAAUCUUUAUCAAACUUUCAGAAAUUAAUGGCCAUGUUGUAAACUUUCGCCUCUGUGAAUUUGGUACAGGUCACAUGACCCUGACUGGAGUUAUCUCCCCUUGUAGGCAAAAUUAGCUUUGUCCGGCCUAACUCCAGGGCAAACAUCUUAGACAUGGAGGGGUGGGGGGUAUUCGUUAGCCUAUGGCUUACAGUUCUAGUCAAUUUAAGACUUUAUAGGGGUUUGUGAGCAAACUACUUCCACAAUUUAAGGGCAAGUGUUUUGAAACUUGGUUCAUAUGAUCACCAUGAAGUGAACUUGUGCCUUUCACAACUUGUGCGGUUGUGGCAAAGUUGUUGACGAGUCAUCUGCCCAUAAACUAAUUUUUACGUUAUAUCUAUAUAUGGGCAAACUACGUCCAGAAUCCAGAAUUUAAGAGGGAUUGCAGUCAUCAAAAUUAGACUUUUGAAUGAACAAGCCUGAAUUCUUAUAAUAUUGCUUGGCAUUAAAUUUUUUAACAAGCCCUGCUAUAUAAAAAUCAGAAUUUAAGCAAGCCAAAAAGAUAUUUUACUAGUGCAGGGCUUGCAGGCUUGUGCUAAUUUUGACGACUGGGAUUGUUCUGGAACUUGGUACACAUUGUAACCAUGAAGUUUAGUAGUGUCUGGCAUACUGAGUUUGUGCAGUGAACAGUUUGAGAGGGACUUUUCCUAUUCUUGUUAUGCAGCAUCACCAUACAGUGCACUAGUGCCUGACAUAAUAAUAAUGAUAAUUGUUAUGUACUCUACCGUAACUAUUGAUAAUAUCUUGUGUGAAAGUGUACUGUGCCGUGUGGUGGUCACUAGUGUGGUACCGUAACUCUAGUUGCUUUCUGUUCAUGCAUUAAGUUUUAAAGGUAUAUAAACAAGAAACAUGUCUUAUCAGUUUGAUCCACUAUUGCAGUGUAGCAGUCACAUGUAUCACACUGACACAGUAUUCUAGGGUUUAAUGAUGUUUAUAUGACACUACAUGCAUUCAUUAAAAAGAUAUCCAUUAACCAUUAAAAUAGGAAGAACACGGUACACAUUGACUAAUUGUAUUUUGUCAACUAAAUAUAUUACCCGCUCCCCCCCCCUUUUUCAAAUGUGUCAUUUGUAGAUUAUGUAUGAAUUAAAUGAAAGGAAAAUUGUAUUUGUUUAAAUUAAUUAACUAUUCUGUUGUUUAAAUUAAUUAACUAUUCUGCUUAAUGUGACUUUACUUCUAUUCUUUAUAUUCAUUACUGAAUAAGUUUUCUUUUUGGAAUGUUUGAAACCUAAGUUUUAUGAUUAUGCAUGAAUUUUUCAAUUGUAUUUUCAUUUAAGGUAGUGAGCAUAACUGUAAAAUGUAUAGACAUACAUAAGUGUUGUAUUUUAAGGUGGAUAAUAUAUGUCCAUCAAUAAUUACUAUAUAUUUAAACUGUUCCUUUAAAUUUGGCCAAAGAAAUGUUGAAGCUGCACUGUAGAACCUGCAUGGAAAUAAACUGUAUGAUGUAGUUUGUACCAUGUUUGUGAAGGAUUGUUGGCCUUUUGAAUCAUGUUGGUCAUGUGUUCAUCAAUAAAUACUGCACAUUACCAUGUCAAAAUAACUCAAAUUGUAUAUACCUUUCUGCAUUCAUUUAGCUAGUAUUGUGAAUAUUGUCAAUAUUGUCAAUCUUGUGGUGCACAGAACUUCGCAUUUACCAUAUUUGGUUUUGUAACAUUGAGCUGGGGACAGAACCAAACUAUUUUAUGUUUUCCAAGCCUAUACAAUAUACACAAAAAUAUGUGUAUAUAGUAUAUAAAGAGGCUAGGAAAGCAUACCAAAUUGUUUGCAUCUGCCCCCUUUGUUACAAUGUGUAUGAAUAGGCACCCUGGUGCUUGUAUGCCUUUACAGUAGUUUGUAGAAAAUAACUAUCAUGUUCUGCUGUUACAUGACAUUUCCCAUAGAUAUAUAUAUUUAAUAGAACUAAAUUAGAGUUACUGUUGUCCUAUACCAAAUGUUCCAGUAUAAUAAAUGUUCUUACUGUUUUUAAAAGUAUUUAUUUGUGAUAUCUUGUUAUGGCUGUCAUGAUUUCAUAGAAUCAUUGAUCUGAGAUUGAUUCAUUUUGUUUCUUUUAUGUUGUUAUUGUUUAUAUUAAUCAUGGCAUAGUUUCUCUUAUAUAAUUCAUGUCAUUUUUCAACCCAUCAUCUCCGUGUAAGCUAUCUAACUUACCUAGAUUAUUGUUUAAAAAUAUUUGCAGUAUUUACAUGGCCCAAAUAUUUUUUCAAUCAUUUUUAGCAGCAUGAGUUUUGCCAAGAUAUAUGAUUUGUGUUCAAAAUACACAUUUGAUCAUUUCUAAAUUCUUUGAAAUACAACAUAUCUUGUAAUCAUAAUUGUAAACAAUGAAUAGUGUUGAAACCUACUUGGAACAUACUGUAAGCAGUAAAAAUGAGUAGAAGAAACAACUCAGUUAUAGAAUUGCAUAUAUUUUGGACAUUUACACAUGCUUAAUUACUGUGAAUGUAUCUUAUUUUGUAAGUCUAAUAUGCAGCCACCAUACAUUGUUUAUAUAGUCAAAUUGUUGCGGUAUAUUUGCGGAAACAGAAUGUGUUGUUUUCCACAAAGUAAGACAGUCAUUACCCCUCCCUGUUGUACUGUAGUGUAGAUAUUGGAAACAAUUGUUGUAAUGGUAUUUGUUAAAUGUUUGUAUAUUGUAUUUUAGAGAAAUGAAUUUAUGUCUUUAUAGUAAUUUUGACUUUGUGAUAACAAUAUGAACAAAAUAAUAAAAAAUGAAAUACUGUC